AUGUCCAAAAAAGAGAACUGGGGAAACAAAAACCUGGGGAAGUUGUGGAACACUCAAAAAUCACCUGUUUGGAACAUUCUCCAGGUGAACAGGGUUUUCAAGAAGACCAGUGGGAACGGUCAGCUCACUCUGUACCUGGGAAAGAGAGAUUAUAUUGAUAACGUGGACAGUGUGGAGCCUGUCGAGGGUGUGGUGAAGCUCGACCCUAAAGACCUGGGGGACAGGAAAGUGUGGGUUCAGCUGUGCUGUGCAUUUCGUUAUGGUAAUGAGGACCUGGAUGUGAUCGGGCUGAUUUUCAGGAAGGACAUCUGGAUUCAUCGCAUUCAGAUUUAUCCUGAGGCUGAACACAAACCAAAACUCACUGACAUGCACAACAUACUGCUGAAGAAAGCUGGAGAGCAGGCGUACGCCUUCACUUUCGAUAUCCCAACCAAUCUUCCGUGUUCCAUCACGCUCCAGCCUGGACCUGACGAUCAGGAGAAGAAGCCCUGUGGUGUGGACUUCGAGGUGAAAGCGUAUGUAGCGAAAGAGGCCGACAAUCCAGAUGAGAAAAUCAGUAAAAAGGACACGUGCCGUCUGAUUAUCCGUAAGUCACAGUUUGCGCCGUUGAACACAGGAGCCGGACAGAGAGCAGAACUCUGUAAGAGCUUCAUGCUGUCAGACAAAUCGCUGCUGCUGGAGGCGUCUGUGGAGAAAGACAUUUAUUAUCAUGGAGAAACCAUUCCUGUUAAAGUGAAGGUGAAGAACGACACCAACAAAGUGGUGAAUAAAUUCAGAAUCACUAUUGACCAGACGACAGACGUGGUUCUUUACUCUGCUGAUAAAUACGUCAAGACUGUCCUGAAAGAAGAUUUUGAGGAGACGGUGGAGGCAAAUUCAAUGUGUGAGAAAGUCUUCCGCGUCACACCGCUUCUGGCUCAGAACAGAGAGAAACGAGGACUCGCUGUGGAUGGAAAACUCAAAUACGAGGACACAAACCUGGCCUCCACCACCAUUUUGAAGCCAGGGAUGGACAGAGAGAUUUUGGGAAUCAUGGUGUUUUAUAAAAUCACAGUUCAUCUGCUGGUGUCUGGAGGAGGGCUGUUGGGAGGUCUGACUGGCAGUGAUGUGGUAGUGGAGUUGCCUCUGACUCUGAUGCAACCCAAACCCACAGCAUGAGUGAGGUGCUCAGGAGUGAACACAAAUCCCUCAUGUAGUUUCCUCACACAACAGCAUGGAGAGAACAAGAAGCUCUGUUGCCUCAGAAACACUAAAGUACCACCGUACUGAAGUACCAGAGGACCAGAGGACACACACACACACACACACACACACACACACACACACACACACACACACACACACACAGUCUGAAGAGUGUAACGUUCUCCUAUAAAUCUUUAUGUGCUUUUGUCUUUAUUGAAGUCUGACGGUGAAAUAUGACUGUAUAGAAAAAAAAUAUUUUUGACUAUAAUUGUAGUAAAAAUUCUGGUGUGAUUUCUCAUUUAGCUGAAAUAAAAAUGAUGACUGAAAUACCCCAGUACCAAAUAAAAACAUAGAAAACCCUAAA